UCAAGAUGGCGGAUAAAAUCGCGCGGGAAACGAUAAUUUUUUGAGAGAGAUAUUUUGGCGUAUAUCUAUAUUUCAAAGCGAUAGUAGUCAGCGUCAGGCAUAACCAACAGUUAAUUUCAUUAUUAUUGACAAAAUGGGGAAGAAAUCUAGCAAAGGUAAAGAGAAGAAGCUAAAAAGGAAGGAGGAAAUGGCCAAAGUUAAUGCUGCCCAAGCUGUUAUUGAUGUUGCUAAUGAGGUGAAAGAUCCUUUGGCAUCUCUAACUGCCUUCAAGACAUUCAAACGAAAUGGGUUGGAUCUCUGCCUUGAGUGCAAGCGACUACAAGACAUGUCUACUGAGGAUAUCAACUGGGCAUUUGACCUCACAAAACACAACAUGCAGUUACUUUAUGAGAAUAGCAGCUGGGGAUGGAAUGACAAAAGGAAGAGAGAUGAAAUGACGGAAGAUAAAGCUCGAUAUUUGAUUGCCAGAGAAGAAUCUGGAAAAGCUGUGGCAUUCUCACAUUUUAGGUUUGACUUGGAGGAGGGAGACGAAGUGCUUUACUGCUAUGAGAUCCAAGUGGAAUCUGAGACCCGUGGCAAAGGACUUGGAAAGUUCCUAAUGCUGAUUUUAGAGAUGAUUGCCCACAGAGCCCAGAUGAAGAAAAUCAUGUUAACAGUGUUUAAGGAGAAUGAGAGAGCUCAAAAUUUUUUCAUCAAGAUUAUGAAGUUCCAAGCAGAUGAGACUUCACCAGGCAUCUGGGAUCCAAUGAACUCUGAGGAUUAUUUUUAUGACAUCCUGAGUAAACCUUUGGUGAGAAAAGCAGCUACAAACAAUGACAUGGGCAGCAGGGACACAGCUGCUUAGACCUUCAUCAGAUUUUGUGACCACCCAUCAUAUUAUUCUGUCAUAUCUCCCCUCCUCUACCCCCCUGUCAUCCAUCUCAUUCCCCAUGCACUUAACUAAUUCUCUUAAAUGUUUAUUGAGGAGAAGAAAUUGUUGCAUUUAGAUGUCUCUAAUAUGAUUAUGAUGAGUGGAAAGUAUGAGGGAUCCUACAUUAAAUCUUCUCAGGUAGACUGGUCCAUUCAUAACUUUAGUUUGUUUGUGUUGUUGAUCAGAAUGUUUCUGCUUAAUAAGUUGAUUCUAAAAGUGUGUAUUCCUCAACCUGAUGGAGUAGAUAUAAGUUUAAAAGGAAACUCUUACAAGAAUGCUUCUUCAAUUUUGACUUAUGGCAAGUGCUCGCAGUGAUGCUUGCAAUAAACACUGAUUUACAGUAUCAUAAAAUGUAAGUGGGAAAAUGUUUUCAAUGUAUCAUGAGUGUGGGACUAAAGCAAAAUUCUGAGUCCCCAUGAGAAAUCAAACCUCAGACCUACAGCUUUUCCACUCCAAUACUCUACCACCAGGCUAUUACUAGGUUCCAAUGUGUCACUCAUUCUACAUGCUGCAGCUAAAUAGUUAGAGUCAACUUUUAAAUAGUAUGAUAUAUUUACAAAUCAAUUGCAAUUGAGCUUAAGAGGAAGAGAUGAAAAAGCAUUUGCUCUUAGAAAACCUUUAUACAAAAUCCAAUAAACCAGGUUGAUUUGUACUUGUUUUUUGCAAAGGCGACAAAAAUUUGUUAUAGAAUAUGUUAACUUUAGCCAAAGAGAUCACUUUUAAUUGAUGUGGUGAUAACUUAAAAAGCAAGGUGAGAGUUAAUAAAAACUAUGUGGGUUAGUUUGCAUCAAUUUAAACUUUAUUUAUCCAAGGAUGGUAUUUCUGGAUCCUUCUCAUGUAUUAACCUGACCAUAUAUCUUCUCUUACCACUUAAUUAAACAGUUUCAAACUCU